UCGGAGCAGCGCUUAUGAGUGUCGUCUUCCCCGUCACGGCCGGCGCGUCUCUUCCUGGUGGAAUUCAUUCAUUCAUUCAUUCAUUCAUCUUUUUUCUUCCCCCCCAUUUUCAUUUACGGAAGAAUUGUGAGAGCGGUUGAGAAGCCAUGGAACUCACUCUCCCUGCUUCUUGUGCCCUGUACUGGGUGGGCGCAGGCACCGUGGCCUACUUGGCCCUGCGCGUCUCGUGCUCACUCUUCUCAGCCCUGAGAGUCUGGGCUUUGGAUCACGAGCUGGGGGUCGGACCCAAGCUCGGGGAAUGGGCAGUUGUCACAGGUAGUACUGAUGGAAUUGGAAAGUCAUAUGCAGAGGAGUUAGCAAAACUUGGGAUGAAGCUUGUCCUUAUCAGCAGAUCACAGGAGAAGCUGAACCAGGUUUCCAAUGAAAUAAAAGAGAAAUUCAAAGUGGAGACAAAAACCAUUGCUGUUGAUUUUACAUCAGAAGAUAUUUAUGAUAAAAUUAAGACAAGUCUGGCAGGUCUUAACAUUGGUGUUUUGGUGAACAACGUGGGGGUAUCUUAUGAGUAUCCUGAAUACUUUUUGGAGGUUCCUGAAUUGGAUCGUACCAUCAAGAACAUGAUAAACACUAAUAUUCUUUCUGUUUGUAAGAUGACACAGUUGGUGCUGCCUGGCAUGGUAGAAAGAUCUAAGGGUGUGAUUCUGAACAUCUCCUCUGGCAGUGGCGUAUACCCUGUCCCAAUGUUGACCAUCUACUCUGCAACAAAGGCUUUUGUAGAUUUCUUCUCUCAGUGCCUCCAUGAAGAGUAUAAGAACAAGGGCAUCUUUGUGCAGAGUGUCCUGCCUUACUACGUGGCCACAAAACUGUCUAAAAUUCGAAAACCCACGUUGGAUAAACCUUCUGCUGGGACAUAUGUGAAAUCAGCGAUUAAGACGGUGGGCAUGUGGAGCCGGACCAAUGGCUACCCCAUCCAUUCUAUCAUGGGUGCUAUAAUAUCCAUGCUGCCUUCUUGGCUAUACAUGAAAAUAACCAUGGACAUGAACAAGUCUGUGAAAGCUAUCUAUAUGAAGAAACACAAGAAGAACUGAGCACGUAUCUCCAUACCGAGGAACGAGGAACGUGGCCAGAUGCACCCGCUGGCGCAUGUUCGCUGCCAGCUUUCUUCCCCCUUGCCCCCCCCCCCCCAAUUUCCAUUACUUUUCUGUCCUUUUCAUAGUUACUAAUAAGGCUGAAGGUUGUUGUGACCAGCAGGAAAGCAGGGGUUCUUUUCAGGUGCUUCCCACACAUGUUCUGGGUGGUUUUGAAGUUGAAUUUAUAUGCUCAUAGCAAAAAUGGCUCUUGAGCCUGAAAGAAAGCAAGAGCAGCUUGAUAGAAUAGAACAGGAUUCCAGCAAAUCAUCAGCUGGAAGGGUCAGACACAGGACCCAACAGGUUCAGCUCUCCCAAAUGCCAAAUGUGCAUCUUCUGUAAGCAAAUUUCAAAAAGUAAAGUCCAGGGACCAGAAUGAUAGUGUAGUGGGUAGGGCUGUAACUUGCCUUGCACACAGCCAAUUCAGGUUCAGUCCUCAGCAUCUAAUAUGGUCCCUUGAGUACCGCCAGGGAACAAGUCAGAGGGACUCAUCACAUAGUGCCUCUGCCACUAGAGCAUCUCUCCAACCCCUGAGCACUGCUGGGUGUGGGUUCCUCUCCCCACCUCCAAAAAGUAACAUGUAGCCACACUUUGGUGGCUUUCAUAGUUACUAAUAAGGCUGAAGGUUGUUGUGACCAGCAGGAGUUGAUCCUCCUUGGACAGGAAACACUUCUGUUACUCGGGGCAUCUACACCCUUGUACCAGGUUGUAUGUAGAAAAGUAUUUCUUCUCUCUCAGUGGUAGCUAGUGAUGGCUAUUUUCAUGUACCUUUAUGAUAUGUGGGCUUGUUUUUUACUCGCAGGGUCUAGCAAAACAUACUUUCC